UCACAGCGCAAAAGCGCAUGCGCACUAGGGGCAGUAUGCUGUCAUGGCCCCGUUCAGGGAGGUAUUGUGCUGGGAGAGAAGGAUAAAAGCACCAUUCAGCAGUACACGGUUACUGGUGGACAGUUGUUGAAUUCAGCGCUGUUGUUGUUUGUCCAGGAUGAACGACAUGAACCUGAGUCCUGUGGGCAUGGACCAGCUCAGUGUACCCUCAGUGAGUGCCAGCCAUCUGGGUCUGCCCACAUCCCCCACACACAACCCCAUUCCCACUCCAGGCAUGCCAGUGGCCAUCCCCAGCCUGGGUCCUUCCCUGGGCUCCCUUCCCUCUGCCCUCUCACUGAUGCUCCCCAUGGGUCCGCUGAGUGACAGAGGAGUGAUGUGCGGUCUGCCGGAGAGGAACUACUCUUUGCCACCGCCUCCGUACCCCCACCUGGAAAGCAGCUACUUCCGACACAUAUUGCCGGGUAUCCUGUCCUAUCUGGCAGACCGUCCACCACCUCAGUACAUUCAUCCCAGCAGCCUCAACAUAGAUGGGACCCUGUCAGUUUCCAGCAACAAUCCCUCAGGUCUGGAUCCCUACAGCGGCCCUGGAGGCCCACUGGAGCAGGGCCUGGUGCCCAUGGACUCCAGACAGGUCAGCGGCCAGGGAGACCUCCACCAGCCUGGCGCUCAUGAGCUGGACUCUACGGGACUGGCCAUGGAGUCACGUGUCAGCAGCCCCAUGUCCCCUGACCGGAUGGGAGAGGAGCUGGCCACCAUGGACGGAGUAGGAGUGGUGUCGGUGUCUGACUCCCAGCAGCAGCUCGGAGGGGGAAGGCAGCCUCAGCCGCAUGAGGGAUUGACUGGGGUGGACUCAUCUGGUGGGGUGAUGCCCCUCCACGGACCCCCUGUGCUCGAACUACCGGUGGUGAUGGAGCCGGAUCACAUGGGAGGCCGAGUGGGGAACGCUGGUGGAGGAGGAGCAGGAGGACUCCACACAAAUGGGGAGCUGAACUCGGGCGUCGUCAGUGUGGUGCUCACCGGCUCCAUGGCCAGCCAGGGCCAACUGGAGCCAGUGUCGCUCCAUGGACAUUCUGUGAUGGGGCUGGAGGCCGUGAACGUGUCCCCCAUCACGGCAGAGGUGUCGCUGGGUCCAGAAAACAACCUGGUGCUGGUCAACUCCACCCUGCAGCUGGAGGAUUCUACCUCCAACAAGGAGAACAUGGUCACUGCCUACACCAUCUGGUGCACACUGUGUGAGCGCUCCUAUACCUCAGACUGCCCAGAGCAUGGCCCAGUCACCUUCAUCCCUGACGCGCCGAUCCAAAGCCGGGCUCGCCUCUCUCUUCCACGUCCACUGUGCCUCCGCAUCUCAGUGGCAGAUGAACCGCUUGGAGUUUUUGCACGGGAUGUCAUUCCUCAAAGGACCUGCUUUGGACCAAUGGUGGGGCAGCACUGUAGCAACGUGGAUCUCUCCGAUUGGCCAGAAAAGGACACUCCACAAAUAUGGAAGAUGUACCACAACAAUGUGCUGGAAUUCUACAUCGUGACAACGGACGAGAAUGAGUGCAACUGGAUGAUGUUUGUCCGCAAAGCAAGGAGCCGUGAGGAACAGAACCUGGUGGCGUACCCUGCCAAUGGUAAACUGUUCUUCUGUACAACCACAGAGAUCCACCCGGACCAGGAGCUGCUCUUCUACUACAGCAGAGACUACUGCAGGCUGCUGGGUGUUCCUCAGGUGCCUGAGGGCCAGAUCUGCCAAUGUGGCAAAGAGUGCUCCUCCUUCUCCGAGCUCAAGUCUCAUCUUGGCAGCCAUAACAGUAACCACAGCCAUAACCAACCUCCACACAGCCACAGCCCAUCGCAGCAGGACCACUGUCAGCAGCAGCAGCAGCAGCAAGAGCAACAGCAACACGCUCACCAGGAAGAGAAGCUGACCAAUGGGACCUCAAGCUCCUCCUCUUCUCCAUGGCCCUGCCACGGCCACGCUGCAGGACAAACAAACGGUAGCAGCCGGGGCGGCAGUGAUAGAAACUCUAAUAAUGUUACAUCCAGAGCAAAAGGUCAGGGUCAUGUCCGGGAGAAGAAAUUCAAGUGCAGCAUGUGUUCCCGGGCUUUUAUCACGUCCACAAAGCUUAACGUGCACUUCAUGGGUCACGUGGGGAUGAAGCCUCACAAGUGUGAAUACUGCAGUAAGGCCUUCAGCGAUCCCAGCAACCUCAGGAUGCACCUCAAGAUUCACACAGGUCAGAAGAAUUACAGAUGCACGGUUUGCGAGAAGUUGUUUACCCAGAAAUCCCAUGUGGCGUCGCAUAUGCUCAUCCACACCGGUGCAGAGAAGCUCAAGUGUGACCUCUGUGACCGGGCAUUCAUCAGGAAACAUGACCUGAAACAACACAUGUUCUCUCACACACAUGAGCGCCGGAUACAGUGCCCAAAGUGCAACAAACAUUUCCUCAAGACCAACCACCUGAAGAAGCACAUGAACUCUCACGAGGGCCGAAGAGACUUUGUCUGUGAGAAAUGCCACAAAGCUUUCCUCACCAAAUACCACCUCACUCGUCACCUCAAAAUAUGCAAAGGGCCCAAGGCGGAAAGAGCGUCCCGUAAGGAGCAGGAAUUGGAUGAGGAAGAAGAUGAAGACGAGGAAGAGGACGAGGAGGAGGAGGAGGAGGAGGAGGAUGAUGAUGAUGAUGACAGGGGAAGAGGAGAGAGACUUGUUGACUCAGCCAGUAAUGAAGACUGUGGUUUAGAUGUUGGAGGAUAUAACUCUGAAAAGUCCCUGUCACCCCCUCAUUGACAACACUGUGCCUUUUGAGAUGUCUUGUUUAUUUAUAUACAAUACUGAUGUUUACCUCUAGUUUUUGCCAAAUAUCAGUUACAUUGUGAAAUUUCAAUUGCAACAUCUUGAAUAAUUACUAUAUUGUAAUUGCCACAUUUUACAUAAUCAGAAUUUGUACAAUCAAUAUAUGUUUAGUCUCACAGAAGCAUAUCAGAGCUGCUAAAACAAUCUGUGUCAUAUUAUAAAACAACUGAUAAACAUCUGACUGUAUUUCUACAAAGCUCUCUAUCUCUUCAUUUAACUCAGGCCUGUGUAAUAGUUUAUUUUGACUCACUCAAUAACAUGAGAUGAAUGGCUGAUUCAUUUGUAUUUGCACAAUAAUGUCAAUUAAAACUUCUGACGCCAUAUUCUUGCAUUUUAGUCCUGAUAUUUAAGUGCUGAAUGAACUGUCCGUUAAUUCUCUAUUUAUUAAAAAGCAGGAUUUUUUACUAUUUUUUUUAUUUUAUUUAAAAUAUCUGUGUGAAUGGAAGUGAGCCUUUUGAAAGCAGGAAUCUGUGCAUUAAUGUGAUGUUCCUCAUUGUGUGAGUGUUGACAAUGUUGAAAUGUUAUAGCUCCAUCCUAUCUGUUGCAUAAUGUUUUAUGUUGUUGAAUGAUAAACCUGAGAGAGAGUUAAAAGCAUAAAUGACUACUUCAUUGACUGCAUAAUUUUUUUUGUGUGUCUAUAUUGGUUUAACCAUAAUGAUUAUUGCUUCCCCACCUGCU